AGAAGAGAGUAGAGAGAGAAACAGAGACAUUUUGUGGAGUUGAGGAGAAAACAGUGCAACGAACAGGCAGAGCAAUGGCAGCUAAGAAGCGAGCUGCUGCAACAACAGAAACCGCCACCUCGAAACCCGACUCGGAGAAAGUCAAGCCCGAAAGUCCGACGACGGAACCCCCGAUUCGUUCUGCUAAAUUCGCCACAAUACUCAAAUUCUCGCUCGUAUUUUCGGUUCCGUAUUUGUACUUGAUUUUCUUUUACUACAGAAUCGAUUACGAGCUUAAAAAGUCGAUCUUGAUCAGUGCUUUAGUCAGCAUUAUAGGGUUUCUCAUUACGGUUAGAAUGAUUCCCGUGGCUUCAAAGUAUGUAUUGAGAAGGAAUUUAUUUGGGUAUGAUAUUAACAAGAAAGGAACCCCAGACGGAUCCAUUAAAGUGCCUGAGUCAUUGGGCAUUGUUGUCGGAAUAGUUUUUCUAGUUGUGACAAUCUUGUUCCAAUAUUUUAAUUUCACUGCAGAUUCAAAUUGGCUCGUUGAAUACAAUGCUGCGCUAGCAUCAAUCUGCUUCAUGAUUCUGCUUGGAUUUGUUGAUGAUGUCCUUGAUGUACCUUGGAGAGUGAAAUUGGUGUUACCAUCCAUUGCUGCUCUACCAUUAUUGAUGGCGUAUGCUGGCCAUACAACUAUAAUUAUACCAAAGCCACUUGUUCCAUAUGUUGGACUCGAGAUCUUAGAUUUAGGGUGGAUAUAUAAGCUCUACAUGGGAUUGUUGGCUGUAUUUUGCACAAAUUCGAUAAACAUUCACGCAGGGAUCAAUGGCCUUGAAGUCGGACAGACAGUUAUUAUCGCUUGUGCUAUAUUGAUACACAACAUCAUGCAAAUUGGGGCAUCCACUGAUCUUGAAUACAAACAAGCACAUGCAUUCUCCAUUUACCUUGUUCAACCUUUGCUUGCAACUUCUUUAGCUUUACUUUCUUACAACUGGUAUCCAUCUGCAGUUUUUGUUGGAGACACCUACACUUACUUUGCUGGAAUGACCAUGGCCGUAGUUGGCAUUUUAGGCCAUUUUAGUGAAACACUUUUGAUAUUCUUUGCUCCACAAGUUCUGAACUUCCUGCUUUCACUCCCUCAGCUGGCUGGUAUUGUGCCUUGUCCACGGCAUCGACUGCCAAAGUUCGACCCACAUUCAGGCCUGCUAACAGGAACAAAUGAUGGCACUCUUGUGAACUUAUUUCUCAGACAGUUUGGUCGGAGGUCUGAGAAGUCCCUUUGCAUUCUACUACUAGUUUUCCAGGCCAUAUGUUGCGGAUUCUGUUUUCUGCUGCGAUGGCUUCUUACAGGAUGGUAUAAGUGAUGGAAUCAGCCAGUGCUAAGAAAUUCUUGCUAAUUGUGGUUGUCGACCGUCAGCACAAAAGGCAUGUGUCCGUUCGCGAACUUUGACUUAAAUGUCAAAAGUAUUACAUUCUCAGGAAACACAAGUUACUGUGCAGCUGAAUACGUCAAAAUUAAGCCUAACUCGCUAUUGAAUUUUGUACUAGAAAAGAUAAGAGAUGUUAGGAAACAUGCUUGUUAUAGAGUAUACUAAUUUUCUGAAUUGUGUUGUAUUGUUGUCAAAGUUUGCUUUUAACUGUUCGAUGCAUUAAGAUU